AUGGCGUACUACGUGAUGCCAGCUCCUGGGGCAGAAGCUGCCAUUGACCCUGGGAGCAACCUACCUGGCCGGUCGGACGCUGGACGAACAGAUGCAAGAGACCUGCUGUCGAUCCCAUCGCCUCUGAUGAGUGCGUGCACUGGCCCUGCAGCCGCCCCGCAGUGGGCAGCGGAGGCGACUACGUGCAACCUGGGCGGCAGCGCCGGCGCGCUGUUCGCGCAGCUGUUGGCAACCCUGGCGCAAGCGCAGUGCCUGCUGUCGGACCGCGGGGCCUACCCGCCUGACACACUGAGCCCGCUGCCGGAGUACGACUUCGUGGUGGUCGGCGCCGGGUCCGCCGGGUCCGCGGUGGCAGCUCGCCUCUCGGAGAACGCCGACUGGAGGGUGCUGCUGCUCGAGGCAGGCGGGGACCCACCGCCCACCUCAGACAUCCCCGGACUCUUCCCCUCGCUGGCACGGACGGAGGUGGACUGGUCGUAUCUGACUGAAGUAAACAAUCGUGUCUGCCAACUGCAACCUGGCGGGAGGUGUGCCUGCCCCCGCGGCAAGGUCCUGGGGGGCAGCAGCUCCAUCAACGGCAUGGCCUACUUCAGGGGCAGCCCGCAGGAUUACGACUCGUGGGCGGCGCUAGGGAACCGCGGCUGGUCCUACCGGGAGGUGCUGCCCUUCUUCAAGAAGCUGGAGACCUUCGACGGGAAGGAACUGCAGAGGAGACCGCAGACGGCAGCUCUGCACGGGUGUGACGGCCCCAUCCAGGUGUCAAAGACUCAGCGUCUGGACCCUGCUGUCGAUGCACUGGACUCUGCAGCCGAGGAAUUAGGCUACAAGCUCGUCGAAGAUUUCAGCACCGAGCCAAACAUCGGGUUUGGUCAGGCGUACGCAUCCAUCAAGAAUGGGUCGAGGUGGAGUACAGCCCGUGGAUACUUAAUGCCAGCUAAGGAGAGAGCGGACCUACAUGUCGUUAAGUUUGCGCUCGUAACCAAAGUGCUGAUCGAAUCCACGAAAAAGAUAGCUUACGGUGUACAGUUCCUGAAGCAGGGGAAGAUGCACGAAGUUAGAGCGACAAAGGAAAUAAUUCUUUCAGCAGGGGCUGUCAAUACACCUCACUUGUUAAUGCAUUCUGGCAUUGGACCAAAAGCUCAUUUGGAGGGAAUUGGUAUACCUGUGGUAGCAGACCUCAAAGUGGGUUACAAUCUUCAGGAUCACGUAACAUAUGUCGGUAUGUAUUUCACAAGGAAGCCACUGCUGAAAAUGGUGCCUGAAGAGGGCAUAUUUCAAUACCUAAUGAACAGGACAGGUCCUCUAUCAACUACCGGAAUCACUUCAUACGUAGGAUUUAUACGGACGGAUGCAGCGUCACGUGAAGCUCCUGGGAUUGCUGAAGCCGAUAGGAGUAACCACCCAGACAUACAGUUAUUCUUUGAAAUGGUGCCGAGCGGCACUGGCGAUAGAGUGGCCAAAAUAUUCAACUACGAGGAAGAAGCGAUGGACCCUCUGGUCAAACUGAUAGCGCGAAAUGAUGCAAUUAUACCGAUGACGGCGCUCGUGGCACCGAGAAGUCGGGGGCGCAUAAGGCUGAGGAGCGCAGACCCGAUGCAGCCGCCGCUGAUCGACUCUGGCUACCUGGAAGACCCGCGCGACCUCGAAAACCUGCUGUCCGGCGUGUCGUUCGCCUACCGUAUGGGCUCCACGAAGGCGAUGCGGCGCGCAGGCUUCGCCGUCGAGGACCACCCACUGGAGGCGUGCAGCCACCGGAGGCGGCUGACGCCGGAUUACUGGCGCUGCGCUGCGCCCUACGUGGUCAGCCCGGCCUUCCAUCCCGUGGGCACCGCCAAGAUGGGCCCCUCGGGCGAUGUUGACGCAGUCGUCGACGCGAGGCUGAGAGUCCACGGCGUGCGCAAUCUGCGUGUCGCCGACGCGUCUGUCAUGCCGCUCAUUGUGCGUUGCAACACCAACGUGCCGACAAUCAUGAUCGGCGAGAAGUGCGCCCACAUGGUAGCCCAAGACUGGGGGCACUAA